GGCGCAUUCCGCUAUAAUGUCGUCUUCAAUAUCACCAUUCUAUCGUCCCGGUGUGUUUCCCGCUCUGUCCUCUCGUCUUCUAACUAGUGCUUCGCAGUCUCUUCGUCUAGCAAUUCAAUCACAACUUCUCCUUAAAAGCUUCUAUAGUUCCCCACUACGUCUCACUGGUCUACCAUUAACGACAACCAAAGGGUUCACUUAUUUGAUAGCUGCUUCAUGGCACCCAAAAAGGAAGCGACAGCCUGCCGUUAAUUCUAUAUCGGCUGGUCACGCAUGGUGGAAAGAGCGCAUGAAAGCGGGGAAAGUUGAUGCCGGAGAGGACGCUUUUUUCUAUGUUGGGACAGAUAGCGGCGUCGCCUUGGGCGUUGCCGAUGGAGUUGGUGGCUGGUCUCAGAUGGGGGUGGAUCCUGCCUAUUUCUCUUGGGCGUUGAUGGAUAAUGCCGCAAGGAUUGCAAAGGAAUUUAGUGCAUCCGAGCUUGCCUUAUUCAAUGCUCCUGAUGGAUGUGCUGAUAUUCUAGAUGCCAAACAAGUAUUAAGUGGUGCAUUUGAUAAUUUAAUAAAAAGUGGAAAAGUUAAAGCAGGGAGUUCAACGGCCUGCAUUCUAUCGUUAUCAAAGAUCUCCGGAAUUCUCAAUGCGGCCACAUUGGGUGACUCGGCGUACCUUAUUAUUCGUAACGGUCAACUCUAUUACGAAUCACCUUCCCAACAGCAUUUUUUCAAUUGUCCCUAUCAAUUGACCAUCGUUCCUGAUCAUUAUCCUAACCAAAAGCUCUAUUUCAAAGAUAAGCCUAGUGAUGCAUAUCAGGCAAGCCAUCAGCUUCAGGAUGGUGAU